AUGCGUUUCUCAGUUGCCACUCUUAUUCCUCUCGCCGCUCUUGCGGUCCCCGUCCUCUCGACUUCCGCGCAAGCUAGGGACGGCUCGUACGGCGGUGUUGAUAACAAGGGCAAAGACCGCCACAAUGACGGCGGCAGUAAAGACUACCAUUACGGCAACAAGGACUACGACAACAAGGACCACGGGCGCAAGGACUGCACCUGGGAGCCGGUGUUUGAGCACAAGAAGGACUUCAAGGGGUGGAAUAAGAACUGCAAGAACCUUUGCGAGAAGGACGACAAAUCUUACUCGAAAGAUGAAUCCGAUGACAAGUUCAUCUGCGAGCUCUUCGAGGAGAUCAUCGACAUCUUGACUUGGGAAGAUGACUGUGAUGAUGACAAGGUCCACAAGAAGGAUGGAAAGGACGACAAGAAAGAUGGAAAGAAGGAUGGAAAGAAAGACGACAAAGACCGCAAGGAUGGCCACAAGUACUAUGACACUUCUUGCUGGAACGCCCACUACAACUACUAG